GAAAACCAAAAUAACGAGCCAGGCAACCCACAAUACAGCUUCCUGAGUGCCACUUUGACACAACUUUUUAUCAUUUCAUCUAUCGUCGAAAUUUUUGUGUAAACAUGUCUCAGUCGCCCCCUGUGGACCUUUACUUUUACGUAAAAUGUGCCAAACCACUGAUUUUCGCCCUUUCGUCCCUCUCAGACAGGUCGCUGGCAUGUGCUUGGCUCAAACGCUUGGUCGAAGACUCCUCUCUGUCUGAAUUACAAAAGAACAAUUACGUCAAACUCCUAAUAUACUUCCUCCAGAAACGCAAACUCGGGCCCCCUUUCAACAACCACCCCUCGAAAGUCAAGGACUUGGCUGAAAUGCCUCAAGUUUGUCAGAGUGAUGAAAGCCCUCGGGCGCGGUCGUACAAUUACGACUUUUCCGGGGAUUUACUCAGUUAUGUCGCUUAUCAGGACAUUGAGGAUUUCGGGGUUCAUUGUUAUUACGCAAUGUCUAAACAACCGAUAACGGUCUGGGACAGGUUUGAUAAGAGUCUUUUUCCUUCAGGGGUUGAGAGGAGGCCACAAGGGCCCGAUCUGGCCGAUGAAGACGGUCAAGCGAAGGCGGCGGUGCCAGACAAGGAAUUGGAGGAGAAGAAGAACGAGUUUGCGGCAAAAUUGGAGAAGAAGGUCAGGGGGGAGAACAAGAAGGUCAUGUUUUUGGUGUCUCCGCUCGGGACAGAGGCCGAGCCCGACGACAGGAUUCCCCCCAGUUGGGGCUCCAACCUCCUCCUCGACAAUGUCGACAAAUAAAUAAAUCAUUUGUUUCACGUUACCUGGCCACUGAAAUAAAUAAAAUCUUUCAAAAAUCA